GGUUUGUCAAGUGAUUCAUGAAAGAGAAUUAGGUCUUGUUCACUGUUUGUUCGACGACACAUAUACUCAGCUACACACCCCUCAGCCUCUCUUCUCCCAUACUUGCAUCCUCACCUUUUCCUCUUUCUUCUUAUUCUUUCCCAAGAAAAAAACAAGAAAGAAACACAGCAGUAACAGCCUUCAUCAUGCACUUCUACUCCAUCACCGCCCUCUUCAUGGCCGUCGUCGCCAUCGCAGCACCCGCCAACGAAGUCCAAGAAUGCUGCUGCUGCAACAUCAACGAACCAGCGAUAGUCUGCACCCAACGCGCCCUAAAAGACUGCAUCUGUCCUGCCGUCAUGUGUCCCGAAGACGCCCCGACUCUCCGGCCCAACUCUCCGACUCCCACCGCUAUUGAAAAGCGUCAAGCAGAAGAAGAGACACCAAAGUCGGAACCUUGCUGCUGCUGCAACGCAGGCAGGGGAGCAAUCGUAUGCACCAUCCGAAAGCCGGAAGAGGACCAGACGUGCAUGUGUCCCAUGGUUCUCUGUCCUUCCGACGCUCCGACCGUGACCGAGGGUCCAGGCGUCGCCAAAGAGACGGGGAACUAGAUCCUUUUAAUGACCAGGGGGGAAAAGGAUGCAACAUGAACGCGCUUUUUGGGGAUAAAUUUCACGCCUUGUAUAUACUUGAAGGAUCCCUUUUUUUCACGUAUCGAAUAAGGAACAUCUUACGUGUUAUUC